AUGGACGUGGAAACGUCAAGUAAAGAUGAGCCAAUCGAGAAUCAAGUCGACAGUGACUGCGAAUUUGUCGACACAGCUGAUGAGGACCUCCUGAAGAGGCUUAGCGAUCAGUACGUGGAGUACCUUAAGCUAAUCAAGGACAACUGGUCAUCAUGUCACGCUUCAAAGGUGCUUACACUGGAACUCGUACGGUAUAUCGUACCGCGGUUUAGGCAGCUAUCAGCGCCGCUGAGGGUCCGAAUACUAACUUCGUUCUUCUACCUCAAGGACACAUUGAGGAUUGAAGCAAGUUCAAAACUACUCAAGGUGCUAAAUUAUGCCGAAACUGACGCAAAUGAAUGGGUGCGGAAAAUGGGACAAUUAGUGAAACCAUAUAUACUUAACGGAAUGAUCGACCUACGCCUCAUCGACACAGAAACUGCGUUCAGAAUUAUCACUUUCCUGGACGAACAUAAGGAUCCGGAAACGAAUUACUACGCUAAGGAAGGUUUGGAUGCCGUUCACAUGUGCGAUGUUAAGAAUUUCGAGACGGCGCAGCAGUCCGCCGUGGGAAGAACUAACGACGACGAAUACACCCAGUACUAUCCCCAGAUGAACUUCGAUCUUCUGGGCGACGCUAUCUUACACAGAGCAACGGCGCAGCAACUGCGAUGA